AUGAACGAGGUGCACAAUGGCGUGCGUCUGAUGGAGAAGGCGCUGGGUGUGACGUUCGCUGACGUGACGAACCCGCUGCUGGUGUCGGUGCGCUCGGGCGCGGCCAUCUCGAUGCCAGGCAUGAUGGACACAGUGCUCAACCUGGGUCUAAACGACGAGAUCGUCGAGGGCGUGGCCAAACGCGGUGGUGACCGCUUCGCAUACGACUGCUAUCGUCGCCUGCUGCAGAUGUUCGGCGACGUAGUGCUCGAGAUCCCGCACGACGACUUCGAGGCUGAGCUGUCGGCCAUGAAGCAAGAGCGUCACGUGACGUUCGACGUGGAGCUGACCGCCAGCGACCUAAAGGAGCUGGUGCAGACGUACAAGAAGGUGUAUGAGAAGCACGGCAAGUCGUUCCCGUCCGACCCAUGGGAGCAGAUGCGCAUGGGCAUCGAAGCCGUGUUCCGCUCGUGGAACAUCCCGCGCGCCGUCAAAUACCGUGAAAUCAACAAGAUCACAGGUCUCAAGGGCACGGCUGUGAACGUGCAGGCCAUGGUCUGUACGGCGAGUUCCUGUUGA